ACACACUCCUCUUCUCUCUCUUCUGUUGAUGCUAGAAAUCCCACCAUCCACCCGGAGAAAGACAAAAUAACGGAGAGGAGUAAAACGAUAGAGAGAUAAGAGGAUGAAUGAAAACAGGAGGAGGACAGGAAAAAACCUACAGAGGGAAUUUUCUCCACCGGUGUUUUUUCUCGUUCCUCGUUUACUGUUUUCUUCCUCUCCCUUCAUCCCUCUCUUCUUUACCCCGGGAUUAAAAUUAAUUAAAAUGCGGACAGAGAGAUCUGGACAGAGGUAGAGAUGGAAGAGGGGAUGAAUAAAGAGAGAGGAUUUGUUCUCUGAAGAGAUUCUGAGCUGUACAGCUGGUGAGAGAACGAGAAAGACAGCGAGAGAGCGAGUGAGAGAGAGAGCAUGAGAGGGUUGCCUGUUUUUCCGAGUUGCAGCGUUUCACAUGGAUCGGGAUUCCAAACGGAAGGAUACAGUGAACUACGGAAGGAUACGGUGAACUAGAUGAACAACAAGAACCUUCCUCUUUCUAUCCGGCUCGUGAUUCGACCCACCAAGGGAACCAGGAUCCAGGAAUCAAUGCGGUGGUGAAAAACACUCUGUAUUAUUAUUUACAAUAUGAAGAAGGAAUAUUCCAGAAAAGUUAACAGUACUGGGAUGUGGAACUCCAGGAAGGAUAGAAGAGAAUUGCUGACAGAGGGAGGAAAUGACUGAAGGAAAGGAGGAGAGAAACAGAGGAGAGGGAGGAAACGACUGAAGGAAAGGAGGAGAGAAACAUAGGAGAGGGAGGAAACGACUGAAGGAAAGGAGGAGAGAGACAGAGGAGAGGGAGGAAACGACUGAAGGAAAGGAGGAGAGAGACAGAGGAGAGGGAGGAAACGACUGAAGGAAAGGAGGAGAGAGACAGAGGAGAGGGAGGAAACGGCUGAAGGAAAGGAGGAGAGAGACAGAGGAGAGGGAGGAAACGACUGAAGGAAAGGAGGAGAGAGACAGAGGAGAGGGAGGAAACGACUGAAGGAAAGGAGGAGAGAGACAGAGGAGAGGGAGGAAACGACUGAAGGAAAGGAGAGAGAGAGACAGAGGAGAGGGAGGAAACGACUGAAGGAAAGGAGGAGAGAGACAGAGGAGAGGGAGGAAACGACUGAAGGAAAGGAGGAGAGAGACAGAGGAGAGGGAGGAAACGACUGAAGGAAAGGAGGAGAGAGACAGAGGAGAGGGAGGAAACGACUGAAGGAAAGGAGGAGAGAGACAGAGGAGAGGGAGGAAACGACUGAAGGAAAGGAGUAGAGAGACAGAGGAGAGGGAGGAAACGACUGAAGGAAAGGAGGAGAGAGACAGAGGAGAGGGAGGAAACGACUGAAGGAAAGGAGGAGAGAAACAGAGGAGAGGGAGGAAACGACUGAAGGAAAGGAGGAGAGAGACAGAGGAGAGGGAGGAAACGACUGAAGGAAAGGAGAGAGAGAGACAGAGGAGAGGGAGGAAACGACUGAAGGAAAGGAGGAGAGAAACAGAGGACAGGGAGGAAACGACUGAAGGAAAGGAGAGAGUGAAACAGAGGAGAGGGAGGAAAGAGAUUGACAUACUGCCCGAUCGAGAUCUGUCUAUCCUACCUUCCAUGAUAUUACAUCGACACAAGAUUCCCAGGAUAUGGCCAACAGGAAAGACUGCUCCUCAUUUAGUGAGUUUCUGAAUAAAGGGAUUGAAUGGGAGUGACAAUAUUUUUUCUUCCCCUGGAACUAAACGAUAUAAUGGGAUCGUGGAGUGUGUGACUCAGACCACAAACUCCCCUCUUUGAUGUGUGUUGGAAGGGAGACAUAUUUUGUACAGAGGAGACACACAGGAGAAAACACCUCGAGCUGGAAGAUGGUUUGGCGCUUGGAGUGACACUGACAGAAAAGGUCUGUGGAUAACUCUCCAUACUACCAUGCCAGACCCCCCACCUUCCCAUUCAAUCCGAAGACGACACCCAUCACCCCACACACACCCACAGAGAAGGGAAGAACAUUCCAUCCUCUCUUCCCUCCAUCCCUCCAUCACCCCUUCAAACACACUUCUGAACUCCUGCGAACUACUACCCCUCUCCCAGUCCCUUCCUGGAUCAUUCUCCUCCCAUCUCAUUCGCUGUGCCUGCCCCACCCCCGGCACAUCCCCUGCUUUCCCGGCUCUCUAUUGGCUGACGUUGGUCACAUGCUGCUGCCUGCUGCCCUCUCUGAUUGGUGCAGGGGAGACAUGGGACGUGGUCGCAGUGUGUCCAUUCCACUGCGUCUGUCGGAACCUGUCGGACUCUCUGAGCACGCUCUGUGCAGAUAAAGGCCUCCUAUUUGUUCCCCCGAAUGUCGAUCGACGAACCGUCGAGCUCCGAUUGGCUGAUAACUACAUCACAGAAGUGGGCGGGGCUGACUUCGCCAACAUGACCGGAUUGGUUGAUUUGACUCUAUCCCGGAACACUAUCCACUCCAUCCGACCAAUGACGUUCUCCGAUCUGGAGAGCUUGCGGAGUUUGCAUCUGGACGGUAACCGCUUGACGACGCUGGGACCGAGGGACCUGUUGGGAUUGGUCAAUCUGCAGCACCUCAUCGUCAACGGUAACCAGCUGACCAGGGUGUCGGCAGAAGCGUUCAAUGAUUUGUUAUUGACGUUGGAGGAUCUGGACCUGUCUUACAAUAACCUCAGAUGGGUUCCGUGGGAGUCGAUCCAGAACAUGGCCAGUCUCCACACCCUGAACCUGGAUCAUAACCUGAUAGACCACAUCGCAGAGGGAUGCUUUGGAGGGCUGUACAAGCUGGCUCGUCUGGAUAUGACCUCUAAUAGGCUGAGGACCCUGCCACCUGACCCCCUGUUCGCCAGGUCUCAGACGGGAGCCAUCAGUCCCACUCCCUACAACAGCGUCAUCAGUCUGAACUUCGGAGGGAACCCGCUACACUGUAACUGUGAGUUGUUAUGGUUACGCAGGCUGGUCCGAGAGGAUGACAUGGAGACCUGCGCCACGCCCCCUCACCUGGCCGGCAGGUAUUUCUGGUCCAUCCUUGAGGAGGAGUUCACCUGUGAGCCGCCCCUCAUCACCAGACACACCCACAAGCUCUGGGUCCUGGAAGGUCAAAGGGCAACCCUGAAAUGCAGAGCCAUUGGCGACCCUGAACCAAUCAUCCAUUUCGUCUCCCCCGAUGAUCGGAUUGUGGCGAAUUCCAGCCGGACGACAUCGUCCCGGAACGGAACGUUGGAUCUCUUCGUUACGGUUGCUAGGGAUGACGGAGAGUACACGUGCAUAGCGAUAAACGCUGCUGGGGAGGCUACCGCAACGGUGGAUCUAAAUAUCAUCCUGUUGCCGAAUCGGAAUGGGAAUGUGAACGUUCCAGGGAAUGUGACGGCUACUGGGAAUGCUGGGAAUUCUAAUGGAAAAAUUCAGGGUUCUUCGGACAUUGCCACUGGAAAAAGUGUGAAUUCCGAAGUUGACAAUGGAGGGAACACAAGAGACACGGAAGAGAGGAGAGGAGAGGAGGGAGAGGGGGAUGAGGAGGGUGGUGUGGUGGAGGAGGAUGGAGGGAUUAGGAUAGAGGAAGAGGAGGAGGAAGAAGAGGAGAGGAUGGUUGGGAUACAGGGAGUCACUUCUACUUCAGCACAGGUACGAUGGGACCUGGGCCAAUCAGCUGGAGCUUACCUGGUAUGGAUGUUUCAGAUACAGUACAACUGUACAGCCGAUGAGACACUGGUGUACAGGAUCCUCCCGUCUACCAGCAACAGUUUCAUGUUGAAGAACCUGGUAUCUGGAGCGGACUACAACCUGUGUGUCCUGGCCAUCUUUGAUGACAUCGUCACCUCCUUGGCGGCUACCAAGGUUCUUGGCUGCGCCCAGUUUAGCACUAAAGAACUCUACCCAGAAUGCCGAUCUCUACAGACCCACUUCCUGGGCGGAACCCUGACAAUACUUGUGGGAGGCGUUGUCGUGGUAACGCUGCUGGUGUUCACAGUGGCGCUGAUGGUGCGUCACCGUGUCUGCAGUAACCAGGACGACCACUGUCACCAUGGGGAUGAUAGUGAUGAGUUGGCGUGUUGCCAGGGCGGGUCAUCAGGGAGUCCGGUGAAAGGGGCGGCGGCCGGAGGAGGAGGAGUCUACGGCCAAUCGAAUGGCAACAGAGAUGUGAUGAUGGUGGUCUUGCCCAAUGGUCUGCCUGCAAUGCAGAGAGGGGGCGGGACGAAGGAUAGAGCAAAAGAGAAAAAGAAGCACAAAGAGAAAGGAGGGGCCGACGUACCUUCCCCCAAACCAAAACCCCAAACCCUCCCCAGGCCUAUCAGAGCCCGGGAGCUCCCGCUAAGACCCUCCCACAGCAUUGUGCGCACCAAACGUAGCAACUCCCUCGACAUGGGGUUAUCUUCUUCUUCUGUUUCCAUCGCCAAGACAAUGGUUACCACCCAGAAACAGUACGGCAGUCGCCACGGUUACGCCAAGCGGUUGUUUAGUGACUUGGACGAGGCGGAAUAUAACGAGGCUACAGCACUAAAUAUUGACAGAACAGCAGAAAAUAACUCUACGGAUCCUGGGGUCUACGGAACCUGGGGCCCUACGGAACCUGGGGCCCUACGGAUCCUGGGGCCCUACGGAACCUGGAGUCUACAGAUCCUGGGCCUUACGGAUCCUGGGCCUUACGGAUCCUGGAGCCCUACGGAUCCUGGAGCCCUACGGAUCCUGGGUCCCUACGGAUCCUGGGUCCCUACGGAUCCUGGGGCCUACGGAUCCUGGGUCCCUACGGAUCCUGGGUCCCUACGGAUCCUGGAGCCCUACGGAACCUGGGGCCCUACGGAUCCUGGGGCCCUACGGAUCCUGGGCCCUACGGAUCCUGGGUCCCUACGGAUCCUGGGGCCCUACGGAUCCUGGGGCCCUACGGAUCCUGGGCCCUACGGAUCCUGGGUCCCUACGGAUCCUGGGGUCCCUACGGAUCCUGGGGCCCUACGGAUCCUGGGGCCCUACGGAUCCUGGAGCCCUACGGAUCCUGGAGCCCUACGGAUCCUGGGGUCUACGGAUCCUGGUCAAAGGCUGGUCCGAGAGGAUGACAUGGAGACCUGCGCCACGCCCCCCUCACCUGGCCGGCAGGUAAAACAGAUGACAGUGUCUUUGUCCGAUUCCGUUUGUUCAUUACCGUAUUUCUGGUCCAUCCUUGAGGAGGAGUUCACCUGUGAGCCGCCCCUCAUCACCAGACACACCCACAAGCUCUGGGUCCUGGAAGGUCAAAGGGCAACCCUGGAAAUGGCAGAGCCAUUGGCGACCCUGAACCAAUCAUCCAUUUCGUCUCCCCCGAUGAUCGGAUUGUGGCGAAUUCCAGCCGGACGACAUCGUCCCGGAACGGAACGUUGGAUCUCUUCGUUACGGUUGCUAGGGAUGACGGAGAGGUUCAUCUUCCUCAGGGCCACCUCGUCAUGUCCCGUCUCCAGGGUUCCUCUUCCUCAGGGCCACCUCUGUCAUGUCCCGUCUCCAGGGUUCCUCUUCCUCAGGGCCACCUCGUCAUGUCCCGUCUCCAGGGUUCCUCUUCCUCAGGGCCACCUCGUCAUGUCCCGUCUCCAGGGUUCAUCUUCCUCAGGGCCACCUCGUCAUGUCCCGUCUCCAGGGUUCAUCUUCCUCAGGGCCACCUCGUCAUGUCCCGUCUCCAGGAUUCAUCUUCCUCAGGGCCACCUCGUCAUGUCCCGUCUCCAGGAUUCCUCUUCCUCAGGGCCACCUCGUCAUGUCCCGUCUCCAGGGUUCAUCAUCUCCAGUUGA